UCUCUGCCAGCAGGUGGCGCUGUUGGAGCGGCAGAAUAUAGUGGUUUCCCCGGUAACCGCAGUAAUCAAAGCAGCGCUGUGCUUGCAGGGUUUGCAGAUCUGAGGUGUCCUGAUAACGUCAGCAUGGACUCACUCAACACUCGUUACGUGCUGCGGUGGGACUGGCCUCACGAGAGCGCCGUCAACCAGACGGUCACCUUCACUGCGCAGUAUCUAGCGUCUCUGCCAGCAGGUGGCGCUGUUGGAGCGGCAGAAUAUAGUGGUUUCCCCGGUAACCGCAGUAAUCAAAGCAGCGCUGUGCUUGCAGGGUUUGCAGAUCUGAGGUGUCCUGAUAACGUCAGCAUGGACUCACUCAACACUCGUUACGUGCUGCGGUGGGACUGGCCUCACGAGAGCGCCGUCAACCAGACGGUCACCUUCACUGCGCAGUAUCUAGCGGAACGUCUCUCCCGGAAGUCCAGUCAUGAGAAGUACUGGACGUCGAUGUGUGUCAGUGUUCUGGAGCAUCGCUGUGAUUUCACUGGAGCUGAACUGCAUUACCUGGCCUUGUAUCUGCUGCGUGUGCGGGCCAACACGUCUCAGCGGUCCUCCGGCUGGGUCCAGAUCAGAUUCUGUCCUGAUAAACACGCUGCUUUAGGUCCUCCUUCCAGCGUGAGGCUGAGGUCUGUUAAAGGACAUCUAGAGGUCAUCAUCACUGACCCUGUGACCAGCUCUAACCAGUCCAUGAAAACACUGCUGGACAACAAUCUGAGAUACCUCAUCCAGUACUGGAGGCGCUCUGAGGAGCCCGAGAAGGCUAAAGUCCUGCAGACGGAGAACAAUGUGGUGAUGCUGACGGAUCUGGACAGACAGACGUGGUACUGUGUGAGAGUCCAGAGCCGCUACGACUUCUAUAACAAGAUCAGUGUCUUCAGCGACACACACUGCACACGCACUGAAGGUCAGAUGCCGUACUGGCAGAUAUUCCUGUACUUCCUGAUUUCUCUGCUGCUGUGCUUCCUGCUGGUGCUGCUGCUGUCCUUCUGCUUUUACAAGACGUUCACGCUCCUCAAGAGCACCUUCUGCCCAGCCAUUCAACUCCCGGGUCACAUUCAGGAGCUGUGGUUAAGUGACUCCGAGAAGCCGCAGCUGCUGGCUCCGGAGUCUCCAGAGUCUGUGUGUGAGCUGCUGGUCAUGGUCAGUGCUGAGCUGGACGCUGUGGCGGUGGAUGAGCACUCAAACACUGAGGAACAGGACUCCAGCACACACGGCCGACACGGCAGCGGAGACUCGGGCGUUUACUCCACAGAGGAGGACUCCGGUCACAGAUCUGACCUACAGAUGAGCAGCAGAAAGCACAGAGAAGAGCUGCAUGACGGGACGCUGCUGGAGUUCUGAGCUUGAAACGGUCCACAGAUGUCAGACGGACACGACUUCAGCUUUCUGCAGCUCUGCCUUUCUCUCUCUUCCAACAUCUGUCAGCUUAUUGUACAUGCAGAGACAGCAGCAGCUUGAUGACAUUUGAGCCAUACUUUUCAUUUCUGUAUGUUAACAUGCAGAUUUCUUAUGAUUCUUAUAGAAUCUUAAUUCAUUAUUGUCACUUUAUAUCUUUGUUAGCUUUAACAGCAGCAGCAUUUAAAAAGAGAAUGAACUGUCAUUUGUUGGAUUGUUUUCUCCCUCAUCUCCACUCAGCCUCUGAUUAAAAUAGCCUCUAUCAUGUAACCGACUUGUUCUUGUUCACAUUGCAUCCCCAUCAGUUUUUAAAUGGUCAUAUUUCCAGUCGUUAGUCCUAUAAGGUUAUAGUCACGUUUGUGAUCAGUCAGUGGAGACGGCAUUGUAAGUGUUUACUGAAGACCCGCUCUCUGUUGUUUACAUUAAUAUCUCCUGUAUAUAUAUAUAUAUAUAUUAUAGAUUUGCUAGGAAGGAUUUAGUUGUUCUACUGUUUAGGCAAGAAAAAGCUAUUUGCUACAUGUGUAGCUUGUUAAAGUAGGGCUGCACAAUUAUUACAAAAAUCAUAAUUGUCGAUUAUU